GUCGGCAGCAGUUGCGGGCAGUUGUAGGCAUUUAACGAAGGAGGACGGCCGUCUGGUGAGGAGAAUGAACACGUGAGGUCGGAAAAGGAGAGAGAGAGGUAGAGAGAGAGAGAUAGAUAGAUAAGAGCAAAUAAAAGUGGGUGAGAGGAAGAAGAGAAGAUAGAAGAAGGGGCGGAAGGAGGAAGCGAAGGUAGUUUGAGCGUCUAUCACGUAUGUUCGUAUCACCAUUCUACGUACCGGCGACGAAACGAAGAAGAAAAUUAGUAUUUCGUUUGGUGAAAAUCUUAAGGACGUCGAAAGAUCGCGAAGAGCAACGUACAACGGUUGAUUAUUUUCGUAAUAUCGAUCGAGAAACUUUUCACCUUUGCAUGCAUUCCCAAUACCCUUUCUCUUCGUUUUCUUUCUAUAAUCAGUAGUUCCGUUGACCGAUUCGACCGAUUCUAUAUCUUUGUCAUUGGAGUUCCUCUUAACGUGUUUCGAUUGGAUUGAAAAAAAUAAAAGAUUUCAACGAAUUCCUGGGAAAAAGGAAAAGGAGAAGGGGAGAGAGAGAGAAGAGGAGGAGGAGGAGGAGGAGGAAGAGAAAAACGCUUUAGUGGGAUCGAUAGAUCGAGCGUAGGGGCUACAACACUGUGACUCGCGAUCGUGGGUGUGGGUGUUGGGUGCGAGUGUGCUUUCCCAGCCGCGUGUGCCUGCUUAGGUGCGUGCGUGCGUGCGUGCGUGAGUGCGUGCGUGUGUGUGUGCGUGAAGAGAAGAGGAGGCGACGCGUGAAGACGAGGACGACAACAACAACGAAGACGAGGACGACGGCGGCGACGGCAGCGGCAGCGGCAGCGGCGGCAACGACGACGACGGCGGCGACGGCGGCGACGACGACAACGAGGAGGACAACCACGACGACGAUCAAGACGACUACUACUACUAUUAAAGGUGGGACAAAGCGAGCAGUAUCUGCUUCGAAAGGAAGAAAAAGGAAGAAAAGCGUACACCUUUUUAGAAGAGGGAUCGCACGUUUUUGCAGGAGCCGACGGGAUGGAAGGUAGUUCUCAGCCACCGCCGUCGUCAUCGGAUAUAAUGAUGGGAAAGGAGAACGAGGAAGAAUCAAAGAUAUGUAGAAACGUCGAAAAGUCUGCUGCUGCCGCCGCCGCCGCCGCCGCCGCUGCUGCUGCAGCUGCCGCCUUGGUGGUGACCUCCUCUUCUGUCUCGUCCUCCUUCUCGUCCUCCACCUCGUCCUCCACCUCUUCCUCUUCCGUCUCGUCUUCGUCACUAUCCUCCGCCUCUUCUACCUUCUCCUCGUCUUCGUCUUCUUGCUUCUCCUCCUCUUCCUCCUCCUCCUCUUCCUCCUCCUCAUCCUCCUCUUCCAUAUCCUACUGGUCAAAUUCACCUGAUGCAACGUUACCGAACGAACCGGACUAUCGUGGUCGGGCUUCAAAUCUAAGAUCUAAUUCUUCUUCCCCGAUCCCAACCACAUCUCCGUCCCCGCCAGGGUGUGGCUGCGUCGCGGCCGCAGCCGUCGAACCCGACGAGAUCACGAUCAGCAUCACCCCGACAACUGGUGGACAAUUUGAUCUUACGGUCGAUCGUUCCGAAACUAUCGAAAAUCUUAAGAAGAUCAUUUCAAAGAGACUCAAGGUCGCUAAAGAACGCAUCUGUUUGUUGCACCUCGAGAGACAGCUACGCGAUGGAACUCUUGAGGAAAAUCGUUUGCAAGAUGGAAGUAGACUCACAUUAUUGCCAAGUGUGGAAACAGGAUUAUUGGCACAGCGCCCAGAGCAAAGCGUAAUGCAAGCAUUGGAGAGUUUAAAUGACUCGCAGGUGAACGACUUCUUGUCUGGAAAGGCACCUCUAAAUCUGACGAUGCGGUUGGGCGAUCACAUGAUGCUGAUUCAACUGCAGUUAUCGACGGUGAGAGUGCCUUUACCAGGUAGCAAUCAAACGAACGGCAGCGGUACUACUAGCUUGACCGUCGGCGGAAACAACGGCGGUGGAAACGGACCGAAUCUUUCGACGAAUCACGUUUCGCCCUCACUUCAAAGUAGGCGAUCAACGGUGUUGGCGGCACGUUCUACAGCGAGUUCUACGGCGAAACUUCAACGAGGAAGCGCAGCAGCCCGUACGUCCUCCCUCGUAAGCCGUUUGGCAUCGGCUUUACAUGCUGCGGCGAGCUGCAGCACAAGUUUAUCGACAGCGACCAAAACGACAAGUUCAGUCUGUUCUAGUCGCGCUACCACUGCGUUUUCGGCUACCAACUGUUCGAGUAUGUGCCAGUCUCGACUUCUCUAUCAUCAUCAUCGUUACCACAAUCAUCAUCAUCAUCAUCACCACCACCAUCACCGCCAUCAUUCGAGGUAUAAGCCAACUUGUACCUCGUCCUGUACUUCUCCCUCCCCUUCAACGUCCUCUCCCUCUUCUUUUUCUUUUUCCUCUUCUUCUUCUUCCUCCUCCUCCUCUCUACCCUCAUCUCUCGCCUCACCCUCAUCUCUCUCCUCACCCUCCGGCACCAUCUCCUCUUCUUCAACCACCUGCUCCACUACUACUGCCGCCGCCGCCGCCGCCGCAGCCGCAGCCGCAGCCGCUGCUGCUGCCGCUGCCACUAACGCUGCCACUGCCGCCGCCACCGCUGCAGCUGCCGCCGCUGCUGCUGCUGCUGCUACUGCUGCCGCUGUUGCUACCACUACUACUACUACUACCUCAUCCUCGACCAUUUCCAUCGACCAUUUGCAACAAUCUACCUCCAUCAAUUACACUUGCUCUGAGUCAACCUCCUCGUCGUACGACUCUACGACGCCAGCGAGCAAAAAGCUUUGCACCGCUCAUCACGUGCAUCAAUCGACGCUCGAAACAUCGAAGAGAAACGGAGAGGAUGGCACGGAUAUCACGACGCAGACUUCUCCUCUACCCUCCCUCAUGGACAAAAGUGCCAAGCUCGCCCUAGACACCCGAGCGUUAGCCGAGGCAUCCCGUAAUUUGACGCAGAAACUGAAGCAGCUCUCCUCUGAGGUAUUCACCUCGCGGGUCGACCUCGCAGAGGAAAAUGCGAGACACAGGCAAGGAGCGAUGAUAGAGAGUAUGCAUCAUCAUGGGAAGGGAGUAUAUUCUGGAACCUUCAGUGGGACCAUUAAUCCAGCGCUUCAGGAUCGACAUGGUCGUCCCAAACGAGAUAUUAGUACUAUUAUUCAUAUUUUAAAUGAUUUGUUAUGCGCUACACCUGCCGCUACAGCAGGACAUUAUAGGCAUCAUCAUAGGCAUUCGAAUAGCCGUCAACAAUGCCCUUCUUCAUCUAAUGGAGCACCAACUUCAGGAACUGGAACUUCUGUUGGUGUAGGCUGUCAUGAUUCAAACACAUCAGGACAUUCUUUGGAAGAAUUAUCGAAAGAAAACGAAGCUACUAAGGGAAAAAUGCGGCGUCUGCGUUUAGUCAUGGAACAACGUCGUACUAAAAGAAAAGCUAGACGGGAAGCACGUGCAGCACCGCAUGCUCCACAGUGGGCUGCUAUGACACCCGAUCCUAUUUCAAAUCAUGAUGCAAGUGCUACAACAGCAUCUGCUUCGAGCAACUCCAAUACGGCUGAAUCGCAAAACGAACCGGAACUUCAACCGUGUAGUCCCGAACCAGUUGUUGCUUGAAUUUAUUAUUAUUAUUAUUCUUUUUAUUAUUAUUAUUAAUUAUUAUUAUUAUUAUUCAAAUUCAUCCUAUAAUAUUAGUACUUUUGGUUAAAUAAGUAUAACGAGCCUCGUUGGAUAUAUCACACUGAUUUAUUACUGUAGGUGUUGGAGCCCUGAUUGAUUGUUAAUUUGAAGUGUCAUGUACAUAUGUAUCUAUUAAGUUUUGCAAACGAGUUAACUCGUUAUUUCUAAAAUAUGUUUUUUAUAAAUAACGAGAUGACAUAUUGGAUAUUGUUACGUAGCUCGCGGAUUUAAAUGAUUAUCUAUGUUUUUUUACACUUUUUAUAUAAGAUCGAGAUAACACAUCACGAUUGAUGUAUUUGCACUUUGCUAUUGUUACGUUAGUUUCAAGGCGAAUGCACAAACAGUCAAAUCGUUCGAUCUUUUGUUUCUUUUUUUCUUUUCUCUCUUUCUUUCUUUCUUUUUUUCUUUCUUUUUUUAUAUGAAAUUUAAUAUGUUUAUUAUUAAUAAAUUGUAUCGAGAAAGAAAAUUGGGAGUACUCAGGACUCGACUGUAGUUGACAAUAAUUGUAUCUUGCUGAUAAGUCAGUGUGAGACCAGUAUACAUUCGAUCAUGUCAAUAACACGAGAACGAUCGAUUUAUAAAAAAGAAAUGUUGUAAGAUUUUAUUGAAAAUGGGAUGGUAUUUCAGCUAGAAUGUUGUCGCCGGUAGAGAGACUAAAUACUUCUUGGAUAAUGAAAAAAAAAAAAAAAAAAAAAAAAAAAAAAAGAAAAAGAAAAAAAAAA